AUGACCAAGAAAGACAAGAAAGACAAAAAGACUCCAAAAGUGACUACCGUAGUCAACAAGGAGGGCGAGACCAUUAAGGUGUUUGAAGACUUGGACUCUUUUGAACUUUUCCUCAGAAAUGAGACUGAGGACGAAGAGUUUGACCAUGUGAGAUGCCAUCUCAAGUACUAUCCGCCUUUCGUACUACAUGAGUCGCACGAGGACCCUGACAAGAUCAAGGACACUGCGAACUCCCACAGCAGAAAAUUCGUGAGACAUCUGCACCAGCACGUCGAAAAACGGCUUCUCAAGGAUAUCCGCGAGAAAACGCAGUUUUCUGAGCUCAACUUCAAAGACAAGUCCAAAGAGAAGACCACGGAACAUAUCGUGUGGAAGUACAACGACCACACCAAGCUAAACGGCAAGGAAUUCGACGUGCACGUGAUCGUUGAAUGCCACGGUGACAGCGCCUAUGUCGAUGUCGACUAUUUGACGGAACCAACUACCGCGCGUGCGUCGUCGGUUCCUGCUGUUGCCGCGGUUUAG